ACAGUAUUUGGCUAUUUGCCAUCAAAUCGCAUAAAAAUCAAAAUAAAUUUGAACAAUAUCAUAAAUUAGCUGAAUGUUGUGUUAAAAUCCUUUACUAAAUCGUCUAUUUUACAGUAAAAUAUACUCUCUUUAUAGCCUCUGAGGAAAUAUAUAUAGGAUUUUGUAAUCUUUUUCCAAGUUUACGAAGUGAUAAGUUUCCAAUUUACCAUGUCCCACAAUGUCAAAAUCCUACCAGGCGCGACGGUGUGUGAAGACUGCACCCUAGAGGGUGACAUCACCAUUGGCGGCGGUACAGUAAUCCACCCCCGAGUCACUAUCAUAGCCGAGGGAGGGCCUAUUAUCAUAGCUGAGUACUGCAUCAUCGAAGAGUAUGCCACUAUAAUUCAUAGAAAAAGUGACGAUCAGGAAACUCCUCCAAAGCCUUUGUUUAUUGGUGCUCACAAUGUAUUUGAAGUGGGUUGUAAGUUAGAAGCCCCAUGUGGUCAUAUUGGGGAGAGCAAUGUCUUUGAAUGCAAGUCCUAUGUUGGUGUUGACAUCAAAAUUGGGAGUGGCUGUGUUAUUGGUGCACUGUGUGAAUUAACUGCACCUCAGACAUUAGCAGACAAUACUGUUAUAUGGGGCUCGGACCAUCACUCAAGGGAAGCCUUAGAAAAACAACCAUCACAGUUGCUGCAGCUAGACUUUCUUAGCAAAGUAAUGCCCAACUACCAUCGGUUACGGAAACCCAAUGUUCACAAGCGGCAACCAUCAACUAGACAGUCACAGGACUCACCAAAGCCAUAGGAGUUACAUUUCAAACAUUCAUAAUAACAAAUCAAAGCUUUGCUACUUGAAACAUUAUCUAAUGUAAAGAGUAGGUACUUUAUAAUAUUGUGGCUUAUAACUUAUUUAUACAUAUAAAUACUAAAUAUAAAUUAAAGAUUAUUUCACUAUAAAA